AAUGAAAAUGAAAUGUUUACUAUGCAAACAUCAAUUUCACAUUAAAUGCAUUGAAGGGUUAGAAAUAAAAAGUACAGAAGUUAUUAUAAAAUUGAAGAAGUGCAGUUUCAAGAAAACUCAGAAACAUGAACUAAGUGAAAGUGCUAAAGGGAAAAACAUCUUAAUACAUAAAGGAGGCUGGUAUGCACUGAAGUGUAUUCAUGGCAAAACAACAUACUGGACUUGCGGUGUAAGAACAAAGAAGCAAAAAUGUAAAGCUGGAAUUACAGAAUUUAAUUUCUGCUAUACAUUGUCCAAAGUUGAGCACUUUCAUAGCCCUGUUAAAGAUAUUGAAAAUAAACUUCUUUUGAAAAAGAAUGUUAGGUAG